UAUCAACAGUGUGAUCACAUCAUUUAAGAAACCUCUCGGCCCAACCCAAACAUGUCACCCUCACGAAUCCUUUGUCACCCACCAGAAAGAAAAACACAUUUAGGCGACGAAGAAAGUGAUGGUAACUGUUUGUUUCCCGCGAAAAGAAGAAGCAAAACAAUGGCUGUAGCCGUCGCCAAUACCCCAAUUCUCUCCCGAUUAGAUCGUUUAGACAACAUGCUGAGGCGACUGGAAGAAAUCAGGUGCUGCAGCAGAUCAACGAAGAGUUCAUGUGCUUCUUCCACUCUAUCAAGUGGGACCCUAAAUAGUGAUGGGCCUCCCUCAUCCGUUGAUUUCUCCCCAAAGAGUCUGGAGAAGCAUUGCCGUCCGAUCAAUCUUGUGGUCAUGGAGACAGGAGUCAAGGGGACCCUCAUUGAGAGACUUGAACAUGUAGAGUACCGUGUACUAAAGUUGGAAGAAGAAGUGGAAGGUGAAAAAAUCAGAGAAGAACUAGAGCAGAAAAUGAGUGAGAAGAAGAAGGGCCUAAAGCAAUUUGUAAAACAAAUUGUCAAACGAAAGCACAAGGAUAAAAAACUAGUUUGAUUUUGAUCUUGGAGGGUUUUUUUUUUUGGUCUUGGGAAGUUUUGAUGGAUUGUAAUAAAAGCAAUGUUUUUGUUAA